UUUCAUUGUUUGAUCCAAAAUUAUUGUUUUUUAUUGAUAAAAUAACCCGCAACCGGAAUAACACCAAAAUGACUUCACCGCCGCCGUCGGAUACUGAAUCAAAUCUAAGCGGUUUUAUGCGCUACAGCGAAAAGGAAUUCAAACCUUUGUAUAUGUCUAUAAUACAGAAAAUGGAAUUAAUUAAUCAAGAUAUCCUUGAAGUUGAAAAAAAUUUAAAAAAUCUUAUAAACAAAGCGGGUCCAAUGGAGGCUCAAUUAGCCACAUUGCUACAAUCUUUACCAAAACCUAACUUCAGCAUUUCUAUGGAGACAGAUUAA